UUACAUGUCGAAGAAAAGAAUUUACGAUCAUCCGUAGAGACUAACGUUCUAACCUUGCCGCGAUUUCUAAUUACUUUGCUACACGAUUUUAAAUCGAACCGUAUCUUUUUCUUUAUUUUUUUAACAUUGGCAAAGAUUUUCAAACCUCAACAAUUUAUCGAUUUUUGUCGUUCAACCUCGUAUACUAUUUAAUCGUGACAUUACAGUUAAAUUCGUCGAAAUAUGUCGGCAAGUGAACAACCAGAUUUACGAUUAGGACCUGAUCCUAACAUUAAUUAUCCGAUUCAAGUACAAUAUUGUGGAAAUUGUUCUCUUCCUAUCGAGUAUUGCGAAUAUUACCCGGAAUAUGAAAAAUGUAAACAAUGGUUAGAAAGAAAUUUACCAACCGAAUUCGAAAAAGUUAAACUAGCAGUAGAAGAUGGUACUACAGAGGCUGGUGGAGGAGAAGAUGAAAAGAAGAGACAGAAACGUGGUGGUAAAGGUAUGCUUAAAACAAAGAAAAAAGAAGAUGUACCUAAGUUAGUCACCGUAUCAAGAGCUCCACGAGGAAAGAAAAAAUCUGUAACAGUUGUCACUGGCCUUAGUACAUUUGAUAUAGAUUUGAAGGUUGCCGCAAAAUUCUUUGGUAGUAAAUUUGCUUGCGGAUCAAGUGUAACAGGAGAUGAUGAGAUUGUUAUACAAGGUGAUGUCAAAGAUGAUCUAUUUGAAGUGAUUCCAGAAAAAUGGCCUCAGAUCGAUGAAGAUUCUAUAGAUGACCUAGGAGAUCAAAAGAGAUAAUGGACUAAAUAAAUUUGUAUUCGCACAAAUAUAUUUAAUAUGCUAUUUCCAUUGAUGUUUAUUAUAAAUAAAAUGUAUAUAAAUAAUAACAAAAAUAUUGCUUACAUUUCAGAAA